GGACGUUUUCAAAAAAUUGGAUUUGCUUGAAGAAUAUGAUCCCAUGUGGAUUUGAAUGUGUUGGGAUGAACCGUAAUAAUAUUGCAGCUACGGUGAAGAGUAGAAUGAGGACACGAUGGUGCUGCGGAGAAUGAGACACGUGACUUGGCUGAGCUGACAUUGUACCUGCGGCGCAGUAUAUAUUGCAGAAGUGGUAGCGCUUGAUCCAUUCCGGAACUUUCUGAGCGGUUGUCGACGUUGUCUGCAAACAUGGCGAGAUUGUCGUCGCUGGUCGCGGCCGCGUUCGUGUCCGUGGUUAGUCUAAUGGCACUUCAAGCUGAUGCAGAGAUGAUCACCACGGACGUGAUUAUCAUCGGUGCUGGGGCUUCUGGAAUUACGGCUGCCAAGACUUUGGCAGACCAAGGCGUGACAGAUUUUGUGAUGUUGGAGGCCACGGACAGGGUGGGAGGACGCGUGCGCAAUGCCGAUUUCGCAGGAGGCAAAGUUGAGCUCGGUGCUAACUGGGUCGAGGGAGUAAACGGGCCCGGACCAGUGAACCCCGUGUGGACGCUAGCCCAAGAGGUGAAUUUGAGGAGCUUCUACUCAUUCUUCGACAACGGGACCAGCAACAUCUACGACGAAAGAGGCUUCGUUCCGAUUGAAGAAGCAGCGAGCACGGUCGAAGCAGCGGACAAGGCUUUUGAGUUCGUGGGAGAACUCUCGAAGAAUCUUACGGAGGGAAAUAUCGAGGAUAUCUCCCAGCAAACGGGACAGCGCUUCUUUGGAUUCUACCCCAAGACCGCAAUUGAAAUGGCGCUCGACUGGUGGUACUACGACUUCACCACAGCUGAACCACCACGAGCUAGCAGUUUGAAGAACACAGUACCUCUGCCAACCGAAGAAAUCUUCGGUCCGGAUCAUUAUUUUGUUGCGGAUCCAAGAGGCUAUGCUGUUGUAUUCCAACCUUUGCUCAAGAGCUAUCUGAAAAUGGAUGGCGAAACUGUCGUCGACUCGCGUCUCAAACUCGGCAAGGUUGUGAACAAGAUUGAGUACACGGACACAGGCGUUGUCGUUUCCACUGCAGAUGGUUCUGUCUACAAAGCCAAGGCUGCAAUUGUCACUGCCAGCAUCGGAGUGUUACAGAGCAACCUUAUCAACUUUUCUCCUGGUUUGCCUUUCUGGAAAAUGUCCGUUAUCUAUCAAUUCGAUAUGGCUGUCUACACUAAAAUUUUCCUUAGCUUCCCAUCCAAGUUCUGGCCUACUCAUCCAGGAAGCGAGUUCAUGCUCUACGCUGACGAGUCUCGAGGAUAUUACACCAUCUGGCAGUCUCUCGACAAACAAUUCCCCGACAAAAGCUUGAUCUUCGUCACAGUUACCGACGAGCAGUCGAAAAGAGUCAACCAGCAGUCGUUUAACGACACUCUCGGAGAGGUCAUGGUGGUUCUGCGGAAGAUGUUCGGUGAAAACAUUCCUAUGGCUGAUGAAAUAUACUACUACGACUGGCAGAGCGAUCCUUAUGCCAAGGGUUCUUACUCGAACUGGCCCAUCGGUGUCAGCACCUUCGAAUUCAAGCAAUUGCAGGCACCUGUAGGACGUGUCUAUUUUUGUGGAGAACACACAAGCGAACUUUACAGUGGCUAUCUCCAUGGCGCGUUGCUUGAAGGAGAAAGAACUGGCAAUGAAGUGAUUCAGUGCCUUAAAAAGGGUAAAUGCCAAGGAGACUUUGCAGCGGGCAUGAAACCUCCUCCAGACUCUUGCCGUGCAGCAAUGAAGAAGGAAGCUGAGAAGACCAAGAAAUAUUGGAGUAAGCAAGUGGAUUCUCUUAGAGAUCAACUGCACGGCAAGUGCACCUAACCGUAGAAGAAAAACACAUACGAAGUUAGAUAUGCCUCGAGAUCUCAACUUCCUUUUCGAGGGAACGAUUUAAUUGUACUAAAUGUAUCUCGCUUUAAAUUGCCUACAUUUGAAAUACGGGAGUUCUCGCUAUGCGCACAACAUGACUUUCUUACUUCAAUUUUCAAUUGCGAGUUUCGUACGGUUCGCAGCGUGAGAUUGUUUGGACGAAUAUGGAUGUAUGUAUCUUCUUCAUCGCUCGUGUUUAUCUGAAAACAUUUCUCACAGUACAUAUUGAAAGAGAAAUUUUCUGUGAAAAUUUUUUUUUAACUAAUCGUACUCCAACUCCUAAUUGCACCACUCGCACAAAGCCUUCGCCAAGAUGAGAAGACAGGUUUACCUUCUGUUCGCAACAAUUUCUGAGUGAACUGUAUACAUCCUGUUGGCAACUAGUGAUCGUAAAACUACGUACCUCAGUCUGCAAUAGUGAUAUUACUGAACCGUCUCAACACAUACAAGUUUCGAAUAAUGAAAACUUCAGCUAAUUCAAAAAAACAACUUUCUUUCCAAAAAAAAUAAAAAGAAUAGACCGUGUAUAAUAUAUCUGCUAAAUGAACAUAACUUCUACACUUCAAACGUGGAACGAAACUAAGUUCGCAACCUACCAUACCGCUAUAUCGUACAGCGCUUGUGAAUGUGUUACACCAUUGUUGUUACGGACAUGAUCUUCCCACACGAAGUGUGCUAGAGGUUAACAUUAACUGCACAAGAAAUAUAUAGGAUUGACUAAGUUUCAGCGAAAUGUCCUGAGAAAGAGACUGUGGCAGCAUCACUCCCACCAAAAAGACGUUGAUUUUCUCUCGAGUUACAACCAUCGGACAGUGACCAUUGCAGAAUAAGUCUUCACCUGUUUCUCUCAUAUCGUUCUACUUCAGGACACAAUGAACAGAUAUGGAAAGCUUGCCUUCUGAGGGAGCCCGUGAGUCGUAUCACAUUAGCUGUUUCGACAUCCCGAAUGAUACUUACGUGCACAAGCACAGACAUGAUCCCUGAGCAUCACAAGCGUACGCGCUUCCCACAUACGAUGAUUCCCUCGAUCACAAAACAGCGAAACCAUCCCAGCUGGGCUUGAAUCGAAGAUAGCAGAAGAAAGGACCACUUACCUCGACGAGCUUACAGGUUUCUCGAGAACGUGAACGUCCACGGGCCCCGGAUGUUUUCAGUGCGCGAGACAACACACUCGAUCAGGAAAUGAAUGAACAUCCAGAUACUCCUCUCCAAAACAGACAAACAUUUAAACGAGAUUCAGCUCGGAAUCAGACUCAGAGGAGGUUCUCCCGCAUUGAGCUUGCCAGCUGCCAGCUGGUCUGUCUGGAUCAGCACUGGACCCUGCGAGCAACUGGUGCGAGAGAACUGCAGAUUACCGAAAGCGGUGCCAACCAUUACGUGCUCAGAAAGAUCCCCAUUACGGGCUCGAAGCGACCGCCUCCACCCCUCGUUCCCAGACUCUGUGAAUUGUGACAGAUUGCGAACGACAAGCCUUCCGACAGCUCCUGGACACACUGAUGCAGCAGCAGGCCUCUUGGCGGCCCACGAUAAUUCUUGCCACCAUUUCGGGAAAGCAGCGAUCGCGGGGAGCCGGCGACUGCGGCAAGGUCUGAUCGGUGGCAGCAGCGAUGCCGAAUUGGCGAUCUGAGACCUGCAUUGCUUACAGGCGCCAACUCGAGUCCCGUACGCUGCCCGCUGCCCGCUGCCUGCUGCCCGCCUCUGGCUCUGCCUCUGCCGCCUCGGAGAACGACGCAGCGUUGGCCAAUUAAUCUAAACGUGUGAUGGGGUCCCUGUCCGACGUGCCUACCGUAGCGCUGCAAAUGGCAUCAAAAGUACCCACGUGAACUUCGCUCCCGGGGAAUCCACAUGGACUGCCAUCGUCAGCACUGACCGGGAUAACUCCGGACUCUGGACUCGGGACAGGGCCGCAGUCGGGCGCCAACUCUUCGCCCUCUCGCACACGUGGCAUGCUCGAGCUGACACGGCUCUCGUCCGAUGAUGCCUCGUUACCAUGGUCAGUGCUCGUACGUGAAGUACGUACUCGGCCCCCAGCCUCCUCCCGGUCACCGCAAACACGAACCUCGAACGUCGUCCGGUACUCCGGUUCGGAUUUCUACGGCCCUUCUCGUAUGCUCUCUCGCGAGCUAUGGAGUAUUCUACGAGACCCUCAGACUAUGCAGACGAUGUUGCAGACAGAGUCUCGGGACCUCGACCCGAUUUGCUUUUUGUGCUCUUGCUGCACUGGAGGAUGAAUGCGUGCGACCAUCCUCCACCGCUGCGAGCUCGAUCACAAAAUGUGCCGUGGUCUUGUCCGGAUUGAGCAAUGUGCGUUCGAUUCUCGAUGCGAUGCUUUCUCUGGUGGGUGCGGUCCGAAUCGCCCGUCGAUGAUACGCUCGAUUUGGGCCUUUUGGCAAGCCCCACGGUUACGAGACGAAGAUCGUGAAGUGGGGGAUAUAAUAGGGAGAGGCUUUUUCAAGAAAAAGAGCGAUCGGGGGUUUUGGGUACGAGAGAGAUCACGCACCGCAGGACGCGUGAUCGGGCCUGACGGGGGGAGGCACUGCAAUGCGACUGCACCCCGAUUCCUGCAAGGCGGGCCGACCGAGGUCUGACUAAAGCGCUCUUCUCGCAGCCAUGGCCUUCAAAGCUCCACUGACUCAACAACUCGUCGCCACAGUGUGCUGCAAGUUCGGGCCAAUGGACAACCAGGAGGGAAAGCCAACCAGAGCUCUGGGACAGACCUCACGGCAGGCAGUG